UACUGACAGCACGAUUCGCCAUAAACAAAAUAAAAAUUCUCGCAAUAAUUGUCCGCAAUCAGCGCAAAAUUUCUGAUAGAUUUGCCGGCAGGCACGCAGUGAAUUCACGAUGCGGUCGUGCUUGUUGUCAGCGCACUGAUAGCGAGUGCGAGCGAAUUCUGCGCGCUGUUACAUCAGGCAAGCGAAAACGCAAGCCAACAGUAUGGAUUCGUUGCGUGAUAUGGUCGACAUGAAUCAAAACAUUGUCCGGCUCCUACGCGGACGUGAAAUUAACUGCGAUCACGGCAAAACCCUGCGGAACAAAUGUCAGUUCACUGCUGAGUUGUUGAAGCGCCUGCAUCUGGAACACCACUUAGAAGGCCAUCAAGGAUGCGUCAAUUGUCUGCAGUGGACUGCUGAUGGCUUGCAUUUGGCCUCUGGAUCAGAUGACACUGUUGUCAGGAUUUGGGAUCCAUUUGCAAAGAAAUGCUUGCAUGUUGUGCCCACCAAACACAUUGGCAAUAUAUUUUCAGUUAAAUUUGUUAGUGAUGACAAUAUGAUUGCAACUUGUGCUGGAGACUGCAGGGUGAUUGUGCAGUCUAUUGAAGACACUGGCAAGCAGGCAAUCAUGGAUUGCAGUUGUCAUGCGGCUAGAGUAAAACGUUUAGCGACGGCGCCAGAUUGCCCGACUUUAUUUUGGUCGGCUGGUGAAGACGGAUUAGUUAUUCAAUAUGAUUUGCGAGAACCUCAUGAAUGCACAAAGAACGCAACUGCUUUCCUGGAUCUCUUCACUACCGAGUUUAAAUGCAUUGCGGUGAAUCCCACGAAGACGCAUCUUAUUGCAGUUGGUGCCAAUGAUGCCUAUGUGCGAUUAUACGAUCGUCGCUUUGUAAAAACUUCUAAAAUUACAAUCAAUCACGCCUUUGAUGCAAGAAAGCGCACACCAGCAGAGCCUCAAGAUCCGACCUGUGUUCAAUACUUUUCGCCGGGACAUCUCGCACGAGACCAUGUGAUGCACAAUAGCUUCCGUCACGUGGCAACUUACAUCGCCUUUGAUGCAACGGGAAAAGAUCUACUUGUAAACAUGGGUGGUGAUCAUGUUUACCUCUAUGACGUGAAUAAUAGUCGCAACAUGGACGAAUUGUCUCGCCCUGACUGGUUGCCUAAGAUAUAUCAACAUGGCUGCACAAAAGCAUGCUGCAAUGAUAUUCGCUACGAACCAAUGCCUUUGUUAGCGAAAACUGAGACACAAAAGACAGCCGAGCCGGAAAAUGAUAAAUUUAUUGAUGGUAAUCCAUGCGCUUGUGAUUAUAUCGCACGAGCAAAACAUCUCAUGCAGAGGCGGUAUAUCGGGGACGCGUAUUUAGCGGCACGAGAUUUUGUCCAUGUAAUCAAGCACUGGCCGGAAAUUAUUGCCGGAUAUUUAGGGCUUGUUGAAUGUUUAAUUGCGCUCAAGUGGACGGAGGAAGCUCAGAAUUGGAUGACUUACUUUCAACAAAAGUUUGCAACGCACGCUAGCGAUAAAGUCGUCAAGAGUAUUGCUGAAAACUUGAAAACUCUGAAUUGCGUCGAUGAUGUGGAGCAGAUGGAAGUGCAAGAGGACGCGGAUAUCUCGCCGAUUGAGCGGGCACUGCGAUUAGAAUCGAGGGAUUACGAAACUCGAUACUUAGGGCAUUGUAACACGACGACAGACAUCAAGGAGGCGAAUUUUAUGGGCGAUGAUGGUAAUUUUAUCUGUGCCGGAUCGGAUGACGGCAUGAUAUUCUUCUGGGAUCGAAAAUCGACGAAGUUGUUGACCGCCGUUAUUGGCGAUACGUCAAUCGUCAACUGUGUGCAGCCGCAUCCUAGUAUUUGUUAUCUUGCAUCCAGUGGGAUUGAUUCCGGAGUGAAAAUUUGGUCACCAAUGAAUGAAGACAAGGAAAACUUCAAGAAUUUAUGCGCAGUUCGAGAUUUGUGGACCGAAGUGGAAUGCAAUCAAGAUCGUAUGGCAAUGGAUCCCUUUGACACGCUGAUGAUAAGUAUGGGGUUUCGUGAGGUGAGAACGACCCGUUCCUCGGCCGGCGAAGUGACACACUCGACGUGCCGCACUUGUUAGUCCUUCUGGGAUAUUUUACCACUUUAUUUUUUGUUUCUUUAAACAAAUUGUAAUAUAUAUAUAUAUAUAUAUAUAUUUAUAUAUUAUGUAGUAAUUGUUGGUCGGGAUGAUCACCGUGUAAAACAAUUGCUAACGUGCACGGUAAUUGUUUUAAACAGAUACUACACAGCGCGUUAUCUAAGGUGUAAAUAUUUAUUUGACGUUUUGUGAGUUUGUUUCCUUUUUUUCUACGAAAAUACUUGGUUUCAAUGGUAGCACUAAUUCUUAAUUUGAUUGUGAUGUGAUGUUGCUUUAAAGGUUUAAAUACUAGUGAUGAUUUGGUUGUUUAUUUUUGGAUAUCUUCAAAUGGUUUCACUUGACUUAUUUCUACGUGUGCUUACAUCAGCAAGCGAAAAUACUCAAAAUGGCUGCCGGCUAAAUGUGUUGUCUCAUCGUAGUAAGCCGGCCAAGUUCAGCGCGCGUUUAACUCAAAUAAUAAUUGUACUCCUGUAAAUUGUAUUCAAUUGUACACUAUUGUAAAAAACAUUUAUCCUAACUAGAACGCUAGCCGAACUUGUUUUAUUGAUUGUUAAGUUUCAGUCGAUCAUAAAUGAUGCAUACUUUUUUCAAAUGA